AAAAAAAUUUUCUUAAAAUAUUGCUAUAAUAAUUUCAAUAGACUCUAUUGUUAAAUUAUAUUAAUUGAAUUCUAUUUAAAACUUCAGAGAGCGGAUUUAGCCAUAGGAGACUUGACUAUAAACACUCAAAGGGAAGAAGAUGUGGACUUUACAAUGCCUUUUAUGAAUUUGGGAAUUGGUAUAUUAUUUAAAAAACCGGCUCGAAAAGAACCGACUUUAUUUUCUUUUAUGUUCCCCUUUUCGACACCUGUAUGGAUUUAUAUGGCUACAGCAUAUUUAGGAAUGACAGUUGUAGUAUAUAUCUUAGCUCGCUUGUCACCAUACGAAUGGAUAAACCCACAUCCAUGUGAAAUGUAUCCAGAUAUACUUAGCAAUCAGUUCAAUUUCUUAAAUACUUUAUGGUUUUCAAUCGGCUCACUCAUGCAACAAGGAUCUGAACUCGCACCAAGAGCAUUAUCAACGAGAAUAGCUGCUGGCUUUUGGUGGUUUUUUACUUUAAUAAUAGUAUCUACCUAUACCGCUAACUUAGCAGCUUUUCUUACAUCAGCAAGAUUGCAAUCACCAAUAAAAAACGUGCAAGAUUUAGCAAAACAAACAACAAUUCCCUAUGGCUGUUUGGAAAAAGGAUCUACUAGAACUUUUUUUAAGAAAUCAGACCAUGAGAUAUACAGAAAAAUGUCAAGAUUUAUGGAAGAAUCCGGUACUUCAGUGUUUACCAACUCUAGUGAAAUGGGUGUAGCAAGAGUUUUAAAAGGAAAUUAUGCAUUUCUCAUGGAAACUAUGUCAAUUUUAUACGAAACUGAAAGAAAAUGUGAACUGACUCAAAUCGGAGAUAAAUUAGUCGAUAUUAAUUAUGGUAUUGCUAUGCCACCAGGAUCUCCUUACGUGCCGUUAUUCUCUGAAUGCAUACUAAAUCUGCAAGAAAAUGGGACAUUAGCCCAAAUAAAGGAUAAAUGGUGGAAGACAAAGAAUAAGUGUCCAGAAGAGAAAACUUCUAUUAACAAUAACAAACUAUCCAUAACAAAUUUGGGAGGAGUAUUUGUAGUCUUAGGAAUAGGUUUAGGAUUUUCUGUGAUUGUGAUGAUUGUGGAAUUCUUCUGGAAAACAAAAAGCAUUCCUUACGAAGAAAGAAGAUGUCUAUGUAUUGAAUUCUGUCUGAGGAUCAAAGAUAUCAUAAUGUGCGGUGGAUCUACAAGAGUUAUAGAUAGAACUUCAUUAUAUGCAAUGGACGAUAGUGUGACUAGAAGUUCUCUUUUCGGCACAACUUCGGCAAAAACUACAACAUCGACUUCAUGUGCAGUAUUUGAAAUGUCAAAUGUUGAUAAAGAAAUGACAUUCCGACAUGCUGUUGAUCGCGUCAAUGCCAACAAUAGCAUACUUCUUCACACAAGACUGUCAGCUUCAGUGAAAAAAGUUACUCCGGAAGAUAUUUUAGAUGCUCGAAGAAAAAUAUGCGAAUUGCUAGAAGAAGGAGUGGCAGCUGUCCUAACUCCAACAUCGCUUUCCCUUGGUAGUCUAGUGAAACACACAUUCGAUACAUAUAAUAUUCCUCAUCUUCAAACCGGAUGGGAUUACACAAAUAAAAACUGGCUUCACUCUCUCAAUUUCCACCCAGAUUAUACGGUUGUAGCUACAGCAUACAGGAAGCUGGUAGAGAGAUGGAACUGGAAAACAUUCACAAUCCUUUACGAAGAAGAAAAUGAAUUUAAUGGCGUGACAUCCCUAGAUAUGUUUCAAUUGGAUUUUACCGAAGUAUAUAAUGGUGUAACUAAUAUAACAGGAUUUAGACUAGUUGAUCCUGAACAUCUUGAGAUAAAGCAACCUAUUAGAGAUGAAGCUGGAAAUAGAUGGCCUUGGAAGAGAAAAGAUACAGAAACAAUACUAAUUUAUGAUGCGGUGAUGAUGUUUGCCAAAAUUAUGAACGAUAAUUUUCUUAAUCAGCCAUUUUCAACUGCAUAUUUCGCGUGUGAAUAUCCUACAACGUGGUAUUAUGGUAACCAAACAACUGAUUAUAUAAAACGGAACAGUUUUCAUGGAAUCAGCGGCGAUAUAACAUUUAACAAUAAAGGAAAACGGACAAAUAUCACUUUAGAUGUUGUUCAAAUCAAAAAAGAAGGACUUAGAAGUAUAGGAAACUGGACAGGAUCAGAGAUUCUGUUGAUUGAUGAUUAUACAGAAGUUUUCGCAGAAGUGGCUGAAGUAUUAGCAAACAAAACUUUAAGGGUCACUACAAUUAUAGAAAAACCUUACGUUAUAGAAAUAGAUGACGAGACAUUAACAGGAAAUGAAAGAUUUGAAGGCUAUUGUAUCGAUCUUCUAAACGAAAUUAAAAAAGAACUAAAAUUUAAUUACAUCGUUAUUCCUGUUAAACACGGUAGACAUGGUAAAGAAAAACGACCAGGUAGCGGCCAAUGGGAUGGGAUGAUUGGAGAACUAAUAAAUAGAAAAGCGGAUAUCGCUAUUGCUGAUCUUACAAUAACCACAGAACGACAGAAAGUUGUAAACUUUUCUAAGCCGUAUAUGCAACUGGGAAUUGGAAUACUUUUCAAGAAACCCGAUAUAACUGCGCCUAAUUUAUUCUCUUUCAUGUAUCCGUUUUCAACUGAAGUGUGGAUUACAAUGGCCACGGCUUAUUUAGGUGUAACAAUCUGGAUGUAUAUUUUGGCUAGAAUUACACCACACGAAUGGUCAAAUCCCCAUCCGUGUGAACCACAUCCCAGAGAAUUAGUUAAUCAGUUUAAUCAUCCAAAUUCUUUGUGGUUUGGCAUUGGCUCCUUAAUGCAACAAGGUUCAGAAUUUGCACCAAGAGCUAUCUCAACACGAAGUCUUGCUGCUAUUUGGUGGUUUUUUACUUUAAUCAUGAUUUCUACAUAUACUGCAAACUUAGCAGCUUUCCUUACAGCGAAAAGAAUGAAAUCUCCUAUAGAAAGUGCCAAUGAUUUAGCUUCUCAAACAACCAUAUCUUAUGGAUGUUUAGAGGGAGGAUCAACAUGGAAUUUUUUUAACAAUACCGAUCAUGAUGUAUAUCGAAGAAUGUUUAGAAAUAUGGAAGAGAAUAAACCUCACGCAUAUUCGAAAUCAACACAGAAAGGGGUGGAUAGAGUGGCAAAAGGAAAUUACGCUUUUAUUAUGGAAACAACAUCUUUACGUUAUGCCAGAAAACAAAAUUGCGAGUUAACCCAGAUUGGUGAAAAAUUUGUAGAAAAGAGUUAUGGCAUCGCUUUUCCUCAGGGUUCGCCUUAUAAUACACAUUUUUCAAAAGAAAUAUUGUUACUGCAGGAAAGAGGUGUUUUAACUAAUCUGGAAGAGAAGUGGCUGGGAAAAAUUCAAGAUGGUUGUGGGGAUGAAAGUGUUUCGCCUGCAGCUGCGGAACUUAAUAUUCUAAAUGUUGGAGGAAUUUUUAUAUUAUUAGGGCUCGGUGUUGCAUUCGCUUGUAUAAUCGGUGUCGGUGAAUUCUGGUGGAAAACUAAAAAGAUACCCAUUGAAGAACGGGAUUCCGUUUUUGUGGAACUGAUAAGCAGAAUGAAAGAAAUUGUGACAGGUGCCGGAUCCACAAGAAUAAUUGAUAAAUCAUUCGACAUGGACAUCGAUGAAUUUUUUACUAAAGGAGCAUUAUUUGGUGUUCCGCCACCCAAAAAAUUUUCUAAAUAAUAAUUGUUAAGUUUUAAAAUAAAUCUAUGUUUUCCGCUGAUUCUAUUAUCAAACGUUAACUUUCUAACGUAAAUUAUAUUUUAUUUUUUCAAAUUUAUUUUACUUUAAAUGAUGUUACUUAAUGAUAAUCGAUUGUGAAUUCCUAAUGAGUUUACCUCGUAAAAUUUUUAACAGAUAAGCAAUUUAUUUGAUAAAAACAAGUUAACUAAACAAUUACGUUUUAAAUUUAUUCAAUAAUCAAAUACAAAUUGCGUAUAACAAUAUUCUAUUGCUAUAAAAAUUAACAAAAAUUUUUUUAUAACUUUUGUAUU